AUGGCUCUCACCACCGUCCAGCUGCCUGCCAUGGCAUGGAACUGCCACAUGCACUUGUUCGACCCCGUGGCUUAUCCCUUCAAGCCCACCCGGUCCUACACCCCCGAGGCCGCGCCCAUGACGGUAUUCAUGAACAACGCCCUGACCGAAAACGCCAUCGUCGUCCAGGCCACCGUCGAGGACGGCCACGCCGGCCUCCUCGACCACCUCGGCCAGGCCCGUGCCCUCGCUCCGGAGCGCACCGACAUGGUCUCGGACGCGGCCCUACGUGACAUGACGGACGCCGGCUACGACGCGCUGCACGGCGCGGGCGUCCGAGGCCUGCGCAUCCACGGCUCGUACGGUGGAUCGGGCGACGACAACGCCACCUGGGUGCAAGGGCAGUUCGUCCAGGCCGUCGCGCAGGCUCCCAUCCGCCGCCUGGGCUGGCUGGUAACGUCGCAGCUGUCGCUCGUCAUGUGGGCCGUCCUGGCCGAUGUCAUACUCAACGGCCCGUUGUUGGCCGACGCCGUAUUUGUGGCCGACCACAACGGCUCCGCCAGGCCACAGGAUAUUGGGUCCGCCGACCUCGACGCAUUCCUGCGCCUGCUGCGCUCUGGGCGCUUCUACGUUAAAGUGGGCGCCCUGCACAGGCGGUCGCCCGGGAACUUGUCGGCAAUGAGACCCAUCAUCGAGACGUUUGCCAGCACCGCGCCUGAUGCAUUGCUAUGGGGCAGCGGCUGGCCUCACGUGAACGCCACUGCCACCGGUCUGGCUCCGGCGCCUCCUUUGCGGGGCGUCGACACAGGGGCAGAGCUGGAGCUGCUAAGGGAAUGGCUCACCGACGACCAGUGGGAGCACAUGUUUGUUACCAACCCGGCACGGGCCUUUGGCGUGGACGGCAGGCGGAGAGCCUGA